ACCAAUACGAGGAAAGAAAGGAACCAUGUACGAAUUGUGGACUGCGUAGCUUCCAAAAGGAAUCAUCUCAACUCGUCGAUCCUAACGCAACGCAACAACCCAAACCAAUCUAACGGGAACUGACCUUUUUGCUGAAUCAAGGAUUCUCGAGACGCCAUCGGAGAAAAUACUCACCGAAACUGCUKAUGGUGGCAACCGACGUCCCGGGAGGAACGCGCUCAUAUUGCCAUUCGUCCCUCCCUCUGCGACCACCUCUUCCUCCAGUAAAACCUGCAUUUUGUAGCAUUUUCGGAGCUCCUAAUACAACUGAAAAUGAGAGAGAAGACAAUGAUAAACCCCGAAACGAUGGUCUGCCAAUGAAUCGGUUGGGGACGGCACCAACGGAAGAACCAGAACCGAAAACACCAAAUAUCUCACCAUCCCAGGAUCGAUCCACCUCGCUAUCGCAUUCCCCGUCUCUAUCGUUUCUUUUUCGAAUGUACGUUGCGUGCCAAGUUCUUCGAUUGGGAAUGGAAACCAGAUUUACCGCAUUGGUGUUGCUUCACCGAUACGCGCAAGCGAAACGCGAACGUUCGCGACGUACUGAUUGCAAUAGCAACGGCACUGGUUGCACCAACGRCAGCGGCAAAUCGGGAGAAGAUUGGCCUUGGAUCGGAGCGGUCAGCAUAUUUUUGGCUUGCAAGGCCGAAGACGAACCUCGACGACUGCGCGACGUCAUAAACCUGGCACAAAUGGUGUUAUCGGCACCGCCACUGCCGAGUACUACGGAAGCAGGAGCAGGAGCAGGAACGGGCACAGCGAAAAGCAACGGUGAGGAAUGCACAGGGAAGCCCAAAUCCAACGACCAAGGCUUCGUGACCAUGAAUUUGUCGCGUCCUCCUCCACUGGAUAAUGUUUAUUGGGAUUCCAAGAAAAAGGCGAUCGAAACGGAACAAAUGGUUUUGCAAUGGCUGGGAUUCGAUUGUUCUGUCUCCCAUCCGCACCGAGCGGUGUUUUGGAUMUUGAGAAACGAGACCGCAACCCAACCAACAAAGAGUGAAACCGGAGGCMAUUGUCAUCGCAAAUAUUCAUCGGAGGAAUGGCCAGGAGAAUCACACAAGAAACGCCAUCCAAAUAGAGCCCAACAAGCUCUGMCGAUGACAAUUGCGCCUCAUAAACGAAAGCACGACGAAAGCACGAGUUGGAGAGAACCGGACGACAUGACGACCAUAAAUCACGGCAAUGGUGUUGGGGACAAAAUCCUACCUUUAGCGUUUACUCGAUUGAAUGAUGCUCUCUUUUAUCCUAAGGCGCUACGGUGGGGUGUCGUCGAGCUUGCGUGCGCUGCCAUAGACUUGGCGAAACAGGAUGUAAUACAACGGAAUGGCGAUGGUGSUGCCSGGACUAAUAUUGCUAUGGCCUUGUCGACUGCCGAUACCACCGCGGUGAAUACAAGCAGUAGUACCAACGUUACCGGUAGUGUUUUGGAAUCCAUUUUUAAAAGAGAAUGGUGGCAACGAUACGAAGUGUCCAAUGAGCAUUUUGAUGGCUGCAAAAACGACUUGAAUGAAGCCAUGCGUGUACUUGAUGCAGCAACCGCAUCUCGUCCGAAUAAAGCUUUGACUUGCACGUCAUCUUUUGCGAUAGGCACCGUGCAAACGAAGGAAACAACAUAAGUCACAAAAAAGCACUUUCACAUUGGUUACUAUCGACAAUUCAAGCUAUUGAUGGUUCAGAGUUUCUUGAAACUUAAAUUCACCCUCAAGCCAUCGUGGAGAGUCCAUUGUCUUGUUCGUAUGUACCUAUGAAGACUCGAAUUUUCUCGCUUUCAUCAGAGGUUAUUAACGCAUUUGCAGCAUAUGAACCCUGAUGCAUGACACCAGAUACCCUGCAGGGUCCAAAAACCACAUCUCCGUACACAACGUAGUGACCUGUAAUAUGAGCGCUAUCAAGAACAGUUUCAUCAGAGACAGAAAUGAGCAAGUGCUCAUACAUUCUAUGCUACUUCUACUAGUAGGAGUAGUAAUGGGUACUAGUUUUUAAUGAGGAGCGGGAGGGAGAGUAGCAAUGGAGACAGGAAAAUGAAAAAAGUGACAGCCGAUAUUGCCAAUAACUUGCCAGCAUGGGACUUGCCUUUAGUAGCUCCACUAAUUGCUUGGUUUCCUGUCUCGAUGGAAGAGCAUACGAAAGCACUAAGUUCCAGUAUUUGCCCCAGUAGUAAAUCACGUAAAAAUAUUUUACAAUAUUAUUCGAACCCUCCGAACACUGUUGUCAAACACCUACCGAGGAACUUUAAUAACAUGCGAAGGACACG